AGGUUUUCCUAGUAGGAGGCUCCAAAUCGGCCACAGUAGAGACUAGAACGUUUUCCAAGCCAAAGAAUUCCAGAUGAAGUAACCUGGUAGUUAUUUUGGGCAGUGCGAGUCACCCGUUUCCAGCUGCUAGUGCGUGUGUGCGUGGGUGUUGAGUGUAGUGAGGCCUCGGUGAUACGUCCAGUGAUAUCGGGAAGAUAGAGACUAGGAAAUAUGUCUGCCGGAUCCGUCCUAUUCUUAACCGUGCUACUCACGGGAUACAUCUACUGGAGUCUGGCGCAACCAACCAACGUCCUGGAGAUCCGCUGCAAAUUGUACGCUCCACCGAGUGUCGAAGAUACCAGCGUCUGUGUGCAUGGAGCGGAACUGAAUCCUUGUGGGCGUCUGGCCUGCCUCAAGGGCGUCGGAGAUCAGUGCCGUGAAAGCAUUGCCGGCAUUAUCAUGUACGGCAAGUGUGCCAGCGGGUUGAUGUGCUGCGGUGGUCAGUGCGUCGGCUGCAAGAACGGCCUGUGCGAUCACCGGUUGUGUCCACCGCGUGGUUCACUGGUUGCCAGUCAUCAGCAAUUCGGGGAAACCCAGAAACCGCCGGCCAUCGUUCCCUCACUGUACAAAAUGUUCGAUUACUACAGCAGCGAGACUGACUAGGUAGGGGCUUUAGAAAUUUUCGGGUUUUUAUUUACGGGGAGGUCUGGAAAUUCUUUUGCAAUGGUAGCCAUCGAAUAAAAAAAAACAAUUUAGCUUAGGGAGAGAGAGCAGUUUGAUAGAAAAGUACAAGCAUGGACAAAACUACUGAUAUUCACGGCCCAUCAUCUCAGCAUAACAUAGACAUAUUAAUCGAUAACGAAUACCUAGUCCCAACACAUUUAGAAUGCCAACGAAAUUACGGAGAAACUGGAUGUGAUAUUAUUGUAAUCCGAAAUAAAUAUGAAAUAUAGCAAGCAGUAAAUAGCAUUCGGUUGUUGUUUAUUGAUUUAUAGUAUGUUCUAGUUUGGUUACAUGUUUUUUGUUUUUUUUUAAUGAGUUUACAAUUCGUUGUUAACAAUUUAUCGUUUGUUUUUUUAUGGCCCACCC